AUGAAUCCCGAUCAAAACCAUGCAGAUGACAGCUGCCAGGUAAAUCAAACUGUCCAACCCUCUGGGUUGUUGACUACAUCUGAGAAGGACCUACGCAAUGAACGCGAACGUAGUAUCUCUUCGCCAACCUCCUCGGACUCGGAGGAUCGCCAUGACGGGGACAAGGAUCUAGAGGAACCUUUUCCCGAGGGCGGCUUUAGGGCCUGGCUCGUCGUCUUCGGCUCCUUCUGUACCAUGCUGUCGGUCUACGGCUUGAUCAAUAGCUCGGCCGUCUUCGAGUCCUAUUUUGCGACACACCAACUUGCCGACUCCGACUCCUCCACCAUAGGAUGGAUCUUCAGCUUGUACUUGUUUGUCGUCUUCUUUGCUGGCAUCCAGGUCGGCCCCAUCUUUGACCGCCAUGGUCCGAGAUUGCUCGUUGCAGUGGGCAGUAUUCUGGUUGUCGCCAGUCAAAUGAUACUCGGUCUUUGCACAGAAUACUAUCAGAUCCUCUUGACCUAUUCGGUACUCCAAGGCCUUGGUGGUGCUCUGCUGAACGUGCCCGCGUAUGGAAUCAUUGCGCACUACUUCAAGAGACGCCGUGGCCUUGCUACUGGCAUUGCUUCUACCGCUGGAUCGAUUGGUGGCAUCAUGUUCCCACUAUUACUGCAGAGCCUUUUGCCGAAACUCGGAUUUGCAUGGACCACGCGCAUCAUUGGCUUCAUCCUAUUGGGCUUGGCAAUUCCGUCCAAUUUGCUGCUGCGCACCCGACUGCCCCCUAGCGACAAGGUAGUUUCAGUAAUUCCUGACUGGUCGCUGUUCCGAAAUCUCAAGUUCACCCUUACUUGUGCUGGAGUGUGGUUCCUGGAAUGGGGCCUGUUUGUUCCCCUCACAUUUGUGGUGUCUUAUGCUUCCGACUAUGGCCAGAAUGCCAAUGCCGCCUACAUCCUUCUGGUCUACCUCAACGUUGGUUCAUUCUUUGGGCGCUUUCUCCCUGGAUUCAUUGCCGACCGUAUCGGACGAUUCAAUGUCAUUAUACUGACGAUUUCACUGUGCGUCGUGACCUUGUUGGCAUUUUGGCUGCCCUCGGGUUCCUCACAUGCACUGCUCAUUGUCUUUGUCGUGACCUUUGGUUUUGCUAGCGGUAGUAACCUCGGUCUGUACCCAGUAUGCCUUGGUCAGCUUUGCAGUUCGAGAGACUACGGUCGUGUCUACUCUACAUCGCUCAUGGUUGGAAGUUUUGGCACCUUGACCAGUCUACCGAUUGGAGGCGCGCUUCGCGAUGUGGGCGACCUACGCCAGGGCUGGCUUGCACUUAUUCUAUUCUCGGCACUCUCCUACUUCAUUGCGAUGAGUUGUUUCCUGGGUGUCAGAGUUUUGGCCGUUGGCUGGAAGGCCAAGAAGGUUUUCUAG